AAGAGGAGCUCGUUCAGAUGUUGUGAAUUCGGAUAGCAGAACGGUUUUAACAAGAUGGCGGCGCAGACGGCGCACGGGAUCCGGCUCAGUGCGCUGUGCCCUAAAUUUUUGCACACAAACUCUACGAGUCACACGUGGCCCUUCAGCGCUAUCGCGGAGCUUAUAGAUAAUGCCUAUGAUCCCGAUGUGAAUGCAAAACAAAUCUGGAUCGACAAAACUGUCAUGAGCUUCCAGGUAUGCUUGACGUUUACUGACAAUGGCAACGGCAUGACUCCUGAUAAACUCCACAAAAUGCUCAGCUUUGGCUUCAGCGAUAAAGUUGCCAUAAAUGGCCACGUUCCUGUCGGACUCUACGGCAACGGGUUUAAAUCCGGAUCGAUGCGGCUGGGGAAGGAUGCCAUCGUGUUCACCAAAAACGAGUCUGGGAUGCACGUGGGCAUGCUGUCCCAAUCCUACCUGGAGGCAAUUCAUGCAGAGCACGUCAUUGUCCCCAUAAUAUCAUUCAACAAGCAAAAGCGGCUGGUAAAUACUGAAGAUUCCGAGGCUAAUUUAAAAGCGAUUUUAACUCAUUCGCUGUUAUCGAGUGAAAAGGAAUUGCUGGCUGAACUGGAUGCCAUCCUAGGUAAAAAGGGGACACGAAUAAUCAUCUGGAACCUGCGCAGGGACAAGAACAAAUUUCUAGAAUUUGAUUUUGAUAAGGACAAAUAUGAUAUCAGGAUUCCCGACGAAAUAGACGGUACUUUGAAGAGAGGCUACAAGAAAAUGGAAAGAGCCGACCAGGUUGCACCAGAUAGCGAUUACUCACUGAGAGCUUACUGCAGCAUCUUGUAUUUAAAACCGCGGAUGCAGAUUAUUUUAAGGGGACAGAAAGUUCAAACGCAGCUUGUCUGCAAAAGUCUUGCACACAUAGAAAAAGAUGUCUACAGACCCAAAUUCCUGGCUCCUAAAACUGUAACAAUCACCUUUGGAUACAACUGUCGUAACAAGGAGCACUACGGAAUAAUGAUGUACCAUAAGAACCGCCUUAUCAAAGCCUAUGUGAGGGUUGGCUGUCAACUAAAGGCAAACAAUAUGGGAGUCGGGGUGGUUGGAGUCAUUCAGUGCAACUUCUUAAAGCCUACUCACAAUAAGCAAGAUUUUGAUUAUACAAAUGAUUACAGACUCACGCUCACCGCAUUGGGGGAGAAGCUCAACGAUUACUGGAAUGAAAUGACAAUGAAGAAAAACCUGGAUUCAACAAGUGUACCUGUGGAGGACACACAAAAAAGUCCAGACCAGACCUGGGUUCAAUGCGAUUCGUGUCUGAAGUGGCGAAAGCUUCCGGACGCCAUGGGCAAGCUCCCUGUAAAGUGGUACUGCUAUAUGAACGCGGACCCGCAAUUCAGAGAUUGCAACGUACCGGAGGAACCUGAGGACGACGAUGCAAUUACCCAUUCUACAUAUGAGAAGACAUACAAGAGAAGAAAAUGUGAACAACUUCUGCAGAUCAAUGAAAAAGCAACAAUUCUUUUCACUCCCCCAAAUAAAGACCUACAGCCAACGCUGAAUUCAUGUGCAAGACUCUUAAAUAAGUGGUCUUCUUCUUUCCCGGCAAGAUCUUCCGAACUCGUUUCUGAGAGCUUUUACACAGAUUACAGAAAUAAACGUCUACUUGCAAUAGACAGCCCUCCCAUCUCCGCUAAAAAGCCAAAGGCUGAAACUAUUGAGUUAACUGACGAGGUCGAUGAGAUUGAAGACGGUGAUGUUAUCAUCCUUGAAGAUAGCAGCACCCCGAAACCCAUAUCCGAGAGCGAGGCGUGUGAGAACGAUUGGACCGCUAGCCCCGUUCACGAGGAGCGCACUGAGCACAGGCCUCCGAUCGAGUCGAGUGUGAGCGACGUGUCUGCGGUAGCCACUCAGACUGAAGGGGUACGUCUGACUGUAAAAAAGGAAGAGGAUGUCCGCGAAACGGAGUUCCCGGAAGACCACCAGCCCUACGCUCACUGCAACGGAUCAGGAACCCCCCGAGAACCCGAAAACCUCUGCAACCCACAGAGUCCGGCGUGCGCAAACAAUCACGAGAGAGAAACCUACAGAAAGUACUGCGGAAGCCUGGAACAGAAAGUGAAAGACUUACAGAAUCAGCUGGUCGAAAUGAAACACAAUUCCGUGAAAAAAGAGGUUUAUCACAAGUUAACGCAAACCGGCGACGGCCUUUUUGGCAAAUCUGAAAACGCCCCGAAGCAGCUGGUUGCGCAGUACGAGCAGGCGCUCAAAGAAAUCGACAGACUGAAGCUACAGUGCAGCGCUUUACUGAGAAGUAAAUCCGCGCAGAGCGCCGGACCUCCCGGAGACGGGAACGGCAGAGCGGACGACCUGGCGAGACAGCUAGGCGUGUGUUCUACUGAACGAGAUCAGUAUAAACUGGAGGUUGAAAAACUGAAUGAAGAGAGAGCACAGCUGACUUUGCAGAAUAACCAACUGAAGACCGAGGUGCAGCAGUUGAAGCUCAUGGUUCAAGACAUGAACAAAAACAACCCUGCCUGGACCAGCUCGUUGGGGGAGGAAAGUCUGAAGCUACGGAUUCUCCGAAUGAAUGUCGCCGGUCUGCUCACCACAUUGAUGCCCGAAUUGGAUUUGCAGCAGACGGACUAUGGCUUCGACGCGGUUGAUGACAUUUUAGUGCAAGUGUUGGAACAAACUGAAAAACAGGCCAACGGACAUGAAUAAGUGGAACGUCUACCGCAGAGCUAUUGUUUUGUUAGCGCUUGUUUCUAUGCCACUAAAAUGACCU